ACUGUUUUUGACAAUGCAUACAUUUUUAGUGCUUUUUUUAUUUCUUCGUAUGACUCAUUUUUUCGAAAACUGGAACAAGCAUGUUUUCCUGUUAUCUUUGUCUCAUAGAUAGAUUCCUUUUCUGACACUCAUACCAGUCAUACGAUGACAAAAUGACAUUGAAAAUAUGAAUUACAAUGCGAGUUUUUAAUGUCAAUGUUUCGUUAUACGAAUUAUAUUACCAAAAUCUUGUUGAAACUACAUUAGAAGAUCGUGCGCGCAAUAUUUAAGUCUUCUGUGGAUCCUGCUCGAAUUAGAUUUCGCAAGAUCUAAUUCCGAAAAAUAAAUUCCUUCGUCCUGUCAAUUGCUCAUGCAUUCUAUCGAGAUUCAAUUAACACUGCGAAGUAUCCUUAUAAAAAAGACAAUCCCUAAAGGAUAAUCAUUGAUGCAACGAAUUGCGCAUCCUCAACGGCGCAGUCGAGUUAGGCCCUCGUUAGGAAGGUCCCUUCAGUUACAACACUAGGGCCAAUUUGUCCGAUCAAUAAUAUUUUUACAUCGCCAUUCUCCCGUGUCCUGCUCUAUAUUUCUUUCUCGCUCACUCUCCGUCUGACUACAUUUCACUGUCUCAUCUUUUAUCCCCUUAAAGAUACAGCCCUGUACUCGUCUUAUACUGCCUAAAUGCGCACCUAUAUGUCUCGUGCACAUUACUAACUACAUAAUAAUAUAUACAAUACGUGUAUAGUAUAUAUAUCGUUCACGAGGCAUCGUGAUUUUUUUGAUGGGGAAAAAAACGAAGUAAAAAGACGUUUGCUUUCUGUAGGUUCGCGACGCAAAGUACAGCACUGUGAUGUAACGCAACGUCCUUACCGCGCGGCGAGUUGCACGAGGUCGGUGAUCGCUAUAAAAAAAUGUAGAAGGUACACGUGGAGGCAGCGGCCAUUGGUUUCUACCGUAGUGGCUCGUCUCGUUGCAGGGGGCCGCUCCCGACUGCUGCCUCACGGCUAUGAGCGUCGCGCGUGUAAGCCCCGGCCUAUCCUAGCGGUCGCCACGACGCGGCCAUCGUGCAGCAUUAAUAACAUUGCGCCGUUCCCCAGAUAGAACCGGGAUCGUUCUUUUUUUCAUUCCUUUUUUUGUUUCUCUCUAUCUCUCUCUCUUUCUUGCCAAUUUCGGAUAUUAUCGGAAGUCUACGAAAAUAAAUUAAAUUAUCGGCCCACGCCGAUAUGACUGGGGUUAUAAUUUCAUUUUAAUAUCUUACUAUACCCAACGAACUCGCGUACGGGCUCUAUUCGGAUCACGUAUUCAUUUCUUUGGUUUACGAUACGCAAGGAACUUGGUUUUUUUAACGAUCAUUAUUCACGUUAGGAAUGAUUCGGUAGAAUGAUUUUUUGUCUUUUAUCCCUGAUACCUGCACAGGUGUUGCAGGUUUUAUAUUUUCGUAUUCGACGAAAAUGGCAGGCACCGAAAGGUUUGAGGCCCUUCUUCCGUCGCCUGGUAAGUAAUAAAGGCAGUCCUGGGAAACGUGAGCGUGCGCGGUUGAGAGAGUGUGAGCGUGCGCGCGCGCGCGCUCUUUCCUCUGCGCUCGCAGUGCGUGGCUGCACAAGUGGGCGUUUUUGGGGGCUUGGAAAAAGAGAUAUAGUUGGUGGUGGACGAUGGUAGUGGGGUCGCGAGCUGUAAUACGAAGCGAUUCAGGUCGGUGCGUAAUCAACGCAUACGCAUAUGCACAGUCGCAUCCCAGUGGUAAGGAGUGCACUGGAACGACGGCUUAACGAUAGUGUCCGAUCUACCUCAAAUAAAACUACCUCAUUGAAACAGUAACUAAAUAUAAGACUAUAAGCGCCAAUUAUAAAAAGAAACGGCAGUGCAUUAUUGUUAGGUAUUAUUGCGAGCGUACAACUAGGAAACCCUGAAUACCUGAGCUGUAAAUAAAUAUAAUACUAAGAAAGUACAAGUAUCAUGGAUCCGAUUCUACGUGACAUUACUAAGACUGAUAACCCCUGGACUCGUACAACCAGGAUGGUGGGUUUCUAUCAAACGGAAAUUAUCUCUGGCCGGGAAGCAACCUCCAUGCCGCUAUCUACUACUGUACCAGAGUGUCUCGAUCCCAUGAACUCCGUGAAGAAUCUCGUAUGCAGUCCCGACUUGAGUGUCUUCGGUACACCAUCGGCGGACACCCUGAGUCCCAUAAACGACGAGAAGAUCUACCAGUGUCUAUUGUGUCACAAGAGUUUCGAUCAGAAGAGCGCGUAUCAAAGUCACUUGCGCUCCCACGGGAAGGAGGGCGAGGAUCCGUACAGAUGCAACAUAUGCAGCAAGACGUUCGCGGUUCCUGCAAGGCUAACUCGUCACUAUCGCACGCACACGGGCGAAAAGCCGUACCAAUGUGAAUACUGCAACAAGUCCUUCUCGGUGAAGGAGAAUCUGAGCGUACAUCGGCGAAUUCAUACGAAGGAACGCCCCUACAAGUGCGACGUGUGCGAGCGCGCGUUCGAGCACAGCGGCAAGUUGCAUCGUCACAUGAGGAUACACACGGGCGAGCGACCGCACAAGUGUUCCGUAUGUGCAAAGACAUUCAUUCAGAGUGGCCAGCUAGUGAUCCACAUGCGUACACACACCGGUGAGAAGCCGUACGUAUGCAAGGCCUGCGGCAAAGGUUUUACGUGCUCGAAACAAUUGAAGGUUCACACGCGUACGCACACGGGCGAAAAGCCAUACACGUGCGACAUAUGCGGCAAAUCGUUCGGUUACAAUCACGUGCUGAAGUUGCAUCAGGUGGCGCAUUACGGGGAGAAGGUCUACAAAUGCACCCUCUGUCACGAGACGUUCAAUUCGAAAAAGACGAUGGAGAUGCACAUCAAGACCCAUUCGGACUCGGCGAGUAGUUCGCCAAGGGACUCCCCGAUAGAGCCGAUGAUCGAGAUUUCGCAGGGUGGCAGCAGCACUCUGAGUAACGCCAGUAACAGUAGCGAUAAAGAGAAUAACAAGACUGACGAGGUUGGCGCUGUCAACGAUGCCGCAGCCGUGGCCGCUGCUCACGCUUACAUACAGCCUCGUGACUUUUCCUAUUAUUUGUAUUCGCGCGAUGGACAAUACACGCAGCCAGUGAAUUCAGUCGGUGUCAAUCCGGCGCUGUUGGCAGCUGCGGCAGCGGCUGCAGCUGCGGAGGAAAGGAUUUUUCAAUCUUCGCCCUCGACGCUAUCGGUAACGUCAUCCUCGGGAGGUUCCUGUCAAUCUCAGGGUGGAUCGACGCCGGACUCUCAUGUAUUCCUCUACCCCGACGUCGCGACGAACUACAAUCCUUAUGGGUUGCAGUCAGAGCUAAGUAAUAACGAGUGUUCCUUGCUCAAUCUACCUGGCAAUGACGCGAGGAGGAGGGUCGAAGCCGCCCUGGAAGCUGUCGAGGAGGAACGUCAACGGGAGUACGGUGUUAUCAAGGUCGACAGACAACCCAUACUUACGCCCCCCAGUAGUAAUCCUGUGAGUCCGGCACCUUCGCCGGAUCCCCUCGACCUGGCGAUACCUGUGAGAGAGACCCUGAUCUUGCCACCUAGGAAGAGGAGCAAGAUGAUCCUGGAAUCUAUGGAGAGUGAAAGGACGGAACUGGCCUCUCAGAGACAAAACUCCGUUAUACAGUUUGCGAAAGCGUCUUAGUGCGUCCGUUUAUUAUUACCAUUAUUAUUAUUACUACAUAUUACUAUUAUAGUCGUCAUUCAACAUCAAUUUUAGUGCUGCGGGCUAUCUUCUUGGAUUACAAUGUGGAUUAUAUUCCUGUUUCUAUAAUUGAUUUUGGAUGAUGAGUAUCGACGCGUUGUCCGAGGAUCGUUGCUUCUUUCUUUACUGUUAUUUUUUUUUCUUUCUUUGUUCCACGGUGCAUACAUGCGUACUACUAGUACUAUUUACUACUGCUAUUAUUAUUAUUAUUAGUAUUAAUACUACCACUACUACUACCAUACUACUAUUAUUACUACAACUACAUCUACUACUCUUCUUCUUCGGAAGAGAUCAUUGGUGCGCGAGACACUUUUAUUAAUUCUUUCAAGUGUCUCUAAUUUCUUUGACGAUAUGCGAGAUAGUAAUUUUUUUAGAGGGAAUUAGGGAGGACGAUUGAUUAGUUCUUUCUUCGUGACAACCAUCCUUAAAUUGAGUAUCGCUCUAAAGUAAAGUCCGUAUAUUCGUGCAUGAAGCAUUCGAUUUUUCACUUUAGCAUCAGAGGCGUCAUUGAUUGUGGUCGGCGGUACGUUCGAUACGGAAGAAUGUGACUGGAAUUAAUAUGGGAAAAGAGGGGAAAACGUGCGUCGUGUAAAAAUCAUUGAAAAAUGUGUAAAAAUAAUAUUUAAAGGCAGCAGUAAGUAACAAAGAGAACGAUAUACAUACGUAGGAUUGUAGAACGUGACGAUUUCUCGGAAGUUGUAUCUAAUUAUUUAUUACAAUAUCUAUAAUAUCUCUUUCUCUAUGUCUACGUGUCUAUUGUUUAACUCUUAAUCCUCGUUAAAGAAGUACCUUUUAUAGUUUCACUUUGAAAGAGGGGAUCCGAUUCUCUUUUCAAAAAUGCAAAAUCUACCUUUCCGCACGACACACACAUAGUUACUUCCGUAACUCUGGUCGACCCGAACAAAGUCUCGGCGGGAUGCGCCUAAGAAAGCCUCGUGAUCAUCCCUUAACCCUUUAACUACCAAAUGCUCCUGUAGGAUACAUUCACUGCGUACCACUGUUACGUAGUAAAUUAAUAUAAUUAUUUAUAUCAAUAUAUUCCUAUUAAUGUAAUCCAGCAGGAGUAUUUUUUAAGUAUAUAUCGUAUUAUUUAUUGAAAAUAAAUAUACAAUUUUUUUAAUAUUACAAAAAUUCAGUGAUCGUAGAUUCAUUCAAUUUAUGUUAAACCUGGACUUUCUUCGAGAGAGCAGGUUUUUCCUAAACCGGCAUAGUGUAUCCUGGCACGUGAAGGGUCAAGAUGGCGGAAACUGAAUUUUAGAAAUUUUCAAGCGCGAAAUUGGCAAUAAAAAAACAAAGCACCAUACAAGAAGAAUCGAAUUAAAUUAUCAAAAGUUUGACAAACUAUUACGGAAUUGAGAUUUCUGAUUCUAAUAUCCUCCUCUUUAUGGCAUCCGAUAUACAACAUUGACAAUAUAUGGGAAACACGCGCGUACACUCUCUCGUACAUCGUGAACACUCGCAACGCGGCAAAGAAACAUGCACAAAGGACACACGAAAAAAAUAUCAUAGUGAUCGCGGCUAGAGACUACAAGCACCAAACAAUUGAUAUCUCUGUGAUAAGAACUCCGUACUACCAGAGUAUUGAGGGAAGCUGAGCCCACUGCCAGUACAAGCGUAUAUAUAUAUAUAUGUAUAUAUGGUAUAUAAUAUAUAUAUAUAUAUGUAUUAUACAGGCGUAUACACACAUGUGUGUGUACAGUAUACAAAAUGCGAAACAAGAUAAUACGACAAACGUAUAUCAUAUAUGCAUAUGUACAUGCACGCAUGUAUACAUAUAUAUGUAUAUGUAUAUAUAUGCGUUUGCCAAAGAGGUACUUUGGGGACACAAAAAAUCAAAUGUUUAAAAAAAAAACUACUGCCUUGGGACAUCACAGCAUUAGAGUUCUGACCUAAUCUAUCAUUUUUAAGCCUAUCACAAAUACUGGAUGCCUAACAUUUAAAAAAUAUAAACAAAUUUGAUGUGACAGACCGCAAUAUGGUCCUCAAAACAGCCACUUGUCCUCAACAUAGCAAAUUCGUAAAUGAAAUCGUCCCCAAAGUAUCCCUUAGCAACAAAUAUAUUUGUGUAUACAUACAUAUAUAUAUAUAUAUAUAUAUAUUUAUACGUAUAAGUAUAUCGCAUGGUCUGCUGUACGUAUAGGCUUAUAUUUAUAUUAUAUUCGACCUAUCCUUCGUAAUUUAACGAUUAACGUGUAAUUAUUAUUAUUAUUAUUCUUUAUCGUAAGGCGAAAUUAGAUUAAGUUUCUUCCAUUUAUAUUUUCAUUUCUUAUCUAUCUCUCUAUUACUAUUAUUAUUAUUGUUAUUAUUAUUCAUAAAGCGAAAAAUACGCUUUGUCUAAGAGUAUUUUUCGUUUUUACAAAUCGGCGCGGUCAUCUUUUUUCACCUUUUUUGCACUUUUAAACGAUUACCGAUCUCGGUAAGGAUCUUGAUUUUUCGAGAUAAUUUACAAAGACGGUAAAUCGAUUGAGGGCGCAAAGCGGAUAAACGAAAUAAGGAAAAGUAGAUAAUUAAGAGGAGUAGAGAAAACGGAUUUAAAAAAAAAAUCAUUGCAGCGAUUUAAGCCCUAAUGGAAAUAAUUGUGGCGCGAUAAGCAACGUACACGUGUCUCUGUCCUUUUUCUUUCUUAUAAGUUUGUUAUCAUCUUGCGUGGCACGCGCGGCGGAUGCAACACCAUCAAUAAUUAAUUAAUAAUUUACUUCCCACAAGGAUACGCACUGUAUCCCCGUUGGCGCAUCGAACUGAUUACCACAUAACGACUAAAAACAAUAUCUACUAGAAUUAAUGGUUCACAUGUGCAGGAUAAGAUAGACACCCGUACGUACAUAUAAUUAAAAAAAAAAAAAAAAACUUAUAUUAAGGCUCAUUGGUGCGACUAUUA